GGUUAAUCAGUGGUCCAGCCCUACAGGAGGAGUGAGAGAGGCGACAGAUAGGACACCCAGCGACAACUUUAGGACAUAACUUGACUCCGUCGGGACCACCCAGCGACUCUCCGGACCUCUGUACCUCCACCAUGACGCCCUAAAGCGUGCGGGAGCGGGACGAUAGAUGAGUCUGAGCGGCCGGGGGGCGGAAUCAAAUUUCGUCUUUCGAGGUGAAGGGUGUCCCUGGAGCGUUUGGGGGCAUGGACACCCACGUCAAGGAGGGACAACUUUAUGUGCAGCAUCAGAAGUUCGGAAAGAAAUGGAAGAAGAACUGGUUCGUCCUGUACCCCGCCAGCCAAAACGGCAUCGCCCGCCUCGAGUUCUACGACUCGCCGUCGGGCGGAGGGGGCGGGUCCGGCGGAGGCUCGGGAGGCGGGUCCAAUGAGAAAACCAGGAAGCUGGACAAGAAGAUCAUCCGCUUGUCUGAGUGCAUCUCCAUCCUGCCGGCGCUGACCGAGAGCUGUCCCAAAGACAACAUGGCGGCGUUCUGUGUAGAGACCAACGACAAGAUGCACGUGUUCGCUGCAGAGAAGACCGUCACCAAGGACUGGAUGGACACCAUGUGCGAUAUCGCGUUUCAGGGAGGAAGCGGUAGCAGCACCGGUACUGCUGCAGACCCUAAUGGAGGACCGCAAGACCUGCAGAUGUCUGAAAACCUCAUCUACUACUCCAGAGAGGAGGUGAACGAGUUUUGGGUGACCGUCCAGCGCACCGAGGCGUCCGAGCGGUGCGGGCUGUCGGGCAGCUACUGGCUGAAAGCCGAAAACGACAUCUUAAUCUUGAAGGACCCGAAGACCAAGAGGAAGGUGCUGGUGUGGCCCUACAAGCUACUGAGGAGAUACGGGCGAGACCGGGUGAUGUUCUCGUUCGAGGCGGGUCGGCGCUGCGACUCCGGCCCCGGUAACUUCACCUUUGAGACCAAGCAAGGCAACGAGAUCUUCACGCUGGUGGACCAGGCCAUCCAGUCGCAGAAGGCUCUGGCUGAGGAGCGCCACCUCAGCUGCCCCAUCAACUUCGACCCAGACUGCCCUGCAUCACUGCAGCACUUACGCAACGCCAUCUCUAGUGGCAUGGCGGCGGCGGGAAGCGGAGACAGCAGCAGCUGCAGCAGUCGGGAGGCGGACGGCGAUUCGGGCGGCAGCAAACCGGGCUCUGCUGACGGUGUGCUCGGGAAGAGGGAGGGUGGAGAUGGAGGAGGAGGGGGGAGGGGGCAAGGAGGAGCCACAGCACACAAAGGGAGGAGUUUACCCGAACCACCAGCCAUGUUGGGGGUUUUGGGAGGGGAGGGGCCCCCUCCGAAGCCUCUCAGGGGGCAGGGGGCGGCAAAAGGCCUCUCUUCAGCUGAUGAACAAGCGGGUCUUUAUUCUGAGCCGGCAGAUUCAGUCCGCAUGCCUCUGACGGCAUCUGACUGCCUCUACUCCGACCCAGUGGACAGCAUCAAGGGUCAAAACCAGACCAGCAACCCAUCCACCCCACCAGUGCCCACCCCACGCCUCCGACCAGUAGGAGACGAGGCUUUGGGAGGCGGCGUGCAAGGGGAUCAUCACCACAUAGGCAGCAACCAGAGGAAGCCAUCGGACCUGUACUCACACGUGUAUGACCGGAUCAGCCUGGAGCUGAACCAGAAAACAAGCGCCUUGAGUAUAAAUGGGGCCGCAGGGGGAGGAAGAGGCGGGGGACGAGGGGUGAACAUGAACAGACGACCCCCAGGAGGUCAAGCUGAAGGGGCUUCCUCACCUUCUGCUCUCCCCACGGAGCACAUAUAUGACGAACCGGAGGGUUGUGCUGGCAUGUCUCCAGGUUUGGGGAUGAGUAUUUACGAUGAGGCCCGUUUGGAGCCCCUCAGCCUGAGGAGACAGGAAGAAGUAGCGAGCCCAUCAGGACCGGAGGGAAAUUACUGCACGCCCUCCCACGGAAAGCAGCCCGAGCCCCACAGACACUCUCCUCCGCAGCUGGGCCCAGGUCGCGGCACGCCGCAGCCCCCUGUGCCGAGGUUUCCCAAACCCGUCACCGCCCCCAAACCCGCCAGGAGCCCUUUUGCCCGGAAGGAGCCGGUGCCGCUGCCUCCCGGGAAGCACGGCGGUCCCGGCAGUAACGUGAACAACAACAACAACAACAUUUGGGUCGGAGGGGGAGGAGGAGGGGGCCGGGAACUGUACAGCAAAGUGUCUAAACAGAAACCUAACUCGUGGUACAGCCAGCACCCGAGAGCACCCGAUAUCAUCUACGAUAACCUGGGAGAUAUCUGACAUCCCUCUGUUUCCUGCAGGGACUCAAAUGUCUAAUGCAAAAAAAAACAACCCACAAACUUUUGGUUGAUGCUCUUUUUUUUUUUCCCCCUUGAAGUUUAUGUGAGGACUACGCACGUUUCUUCCAUCUGUUGGACUGGGAUAAUUAUUUGAGACGGUCAAUUCAUUCAGAGCGCAUUAGAUCACAACUGCGAGAAAAAGCACAUCAUGAAACAUGGGUUAGGGUUAGGGGUUAGGGUUAGGGUUAUUGUCGGGCCACCCUCUGUGUGUGUGUGUGUGUAAAAGAGUGAUGCAUGGCCAAACCCAUAAUUGGAGCACCAAUCCACAGUGUGGUUGGAACCAGCCACUUCACUCGAACACACAAACACACACACACAGAAACCAUUUUUUGCCAAAAGGAGCUCGGCCUCCAGGCUUCUCUUUAACAAGCUGAGAGAGUGGCUUGGCUCUUCUUUUAUAAAAUGUCUGCCAUGCUUAUGAGGUGACUGGGAAACAUAUUGGUUUUUUUUGCACUGCUGCCUUUGUGUUUCUCUGAAGAUAUGAGACGACGUGACAGGAAAAAAAAGAUCAUCGACAGGUUCGGACCAAAUGGAGAGGAUCUUUUUUUUUCCUGUGUGUGUUGCCCGGCCUUAUUUAUCAUCUUAAAUCCCAAUGAGAGGGGGAGGUUAUAACAUUUUCAGUCCAGGAAGUGAAUAUGCAACGUAAGAAUGCUCCUUUGAAUGGAAAACAUUGAUGCUAUCGUUUUAAAGGAAGCAUGGAAAGUGGGGCAUCCCAUUCGGGUCUUUGAAAGAGACGUAAAUGGACCACAAAGGGUUCCUGGGGUCACGUUAAAUGACACCCUGCACAAGAUAAUGUUAUCUGAAUUGUUACGUUUCUGUGUACAGACAAUCUAAAUAUGAAACUAAUCAAUCCCCUGCAAUGUGUAAGUGUGUACAUGUGUGUCGGAAACAGCUGUGCUGUCUGUAAAUAUAUCUAAUAAUAAUAAAAAAAAAAACGGCUCCAAAACCUUAAA